GGCACGCUGGGAGAGCCGGCUAGGGGACGCGCGGCACGCGUUAAGAAUGCCAGUGUGCCGGGUACCGCUUUGACAUGAAACCAGCGCUCAGCGCGCUCUAAGACCAUACAGUGAGCUAUAUAGUCACCAUCUCCCAAAGUCUGUGCAAAUGGCAAAGAGGAGUACUUUGUUUAUCCGGAUUGUCGAGGGGAAGAAUUUGCCCGUUAAGGAUAUAAGCGGGAGCAGCGAUCCAUACUGUAUUGUCAGGAUUGACAGUGAAGCCAUCAUCAGGACUGCGACAAUCUGGAAGACGCUAUCCCCCUUUUGGGGUGAGGAGUACAACGUGCAUUUGCCCCCCUCCUUCCACACUGUGUCCUUUCACGUGCUGGAUGAAGACUCGCUCAGCCGAGAUGACGUCAUCGGGAAGGUGUCCUUCAGUAAGGAGGAUCUCGCCGCCAAGCCCCAAGGUGUGGACGGUUGGGUGAACCUCACAGAGAUCGACCCAGAUGAGGAGGUCCAGGGUGAGAUUCACCUCCAGAUAUCAGUGCUGGGCAAAGGUGAUGCCAGAAUCCUGCGAUGCCAUGUCUUGGAAGCCAGAGACCUCGCCAGGAAGGAUCGCAAUGGGGCGUCAGACCCUUUCGUCAGAGUGCGCUGCAAUGGGAAAACCCAUGAGACAGCGGUCGUUAAAAAGUCCUGCUACCCUCGCUGGAAUGAGAGCUUUGAGUUCGAGAUAGACGAGGCCGCUGGGGAGAUGCCCCUGAGCGUGGAGGUGUGGGACUGGGACCUGGUCAGCAAGAAUGACUUCCUGGGCAGGGUCCUAUUCAGCAUUAACAAGCUGCAGUUUGCUAUACAGCAGGAGGACGCCUGGUUCCGGCUGGGUCCCGAUAAGCCCAAACACAGCCAGCCCCAGCCCGAGUCACGAGCUGAAUGGCUGGAGUUGGUGAUGAAGGAGUACAGGAAGGUGAAGUUCAUCGCUGUCACCAGCUUCCUGUGUCUGCGCUUCAUCUCUCCGGCCAUUAUGUCACCCAAGCUCUUCCACCUGCGGGAGAAGCACGCGGACGCCCGCACCAGCCGCACGCUUCUGCUGCUGGCCAAGGCCAUACAGACCAUCGGCAAUCUGGACACCUUGGCCUGCUGCUCCAAAGAACCGUGGAUGGUUCCCUUGCAGCCCACAAUCCAACAGGGCAUCGAUCACUUGAAGGACUUCAUCACCCAGCUGGUCAGCUUUGAGGACAGGGAAGACCCAGGUAGACAGGCUCAGGUGGGUCUUCAGUGUGGUUCCAUGGAGAAGGAGGGGUUCCUGCUCCUGCACAGGACCAAGGACAAGUGCAUGCUGAUGGCUUCGCCCUUCAGGAAAUACUAUGUCACCCUGGGCAAGGACACCCUGUCCUAUGCAAAGACACAGCACUCCAAGGUGGGGCUGGGGGAGGGGGACAGGAAUAAGAAAAGCUCUUUCAUUGCCUUGCCGAAGAUCAAAGCGGUGGAGAAAGUAGAAGAGAAGAGCUUUGGAAGUGCCAAUGUCAUGCAGAUUAUCUCCUCUGAGGAGAAUGGCCAGAUGGAGACCCUCUACCUGGAUUGCAAGAGCGUCAAUGAGCUGAACCAGUGGCUCUCAGCAUUAAGGAAAGCUUGCAUUCACAACACAGAUACCAUGAGCUCCUAUCACCCCGGAAUUUAUAAGGGAGACAAGUGGAGCUGCUGCCACCAAAAGGACAAAGCCGAUGCAGGAUGUGAUAAAACUCGACAUGGGGUCACCCUCCAGGAAUGGUAUGACCCGCUGGAUCCUGAUUUGGAAAGUCAACUAAUUUUCCGACAUCUGAUUGGGGUCAAGCAAGUAAUGAGGGAGAAAUACCUAGAGAAGGUCCUGGUGAUGGAAGAUAAUGGUCCAGCGAAGCCAGAUGAGAUUGGCAGAUUCUUCAGCGUCCUGCAGGAGUUGCAGGAGACCCAUGCGUCCGUAGAUGAGGUGGAACGCUCGCGGGAAAAAAGCCUCCUCCUAGAGCUGCAGACAUAGCUGGCAAAGCCUCCACCCGUGAGCUCCACCCACAUGCUUCUGCUCUAACCCAGCGAGAUGCUCCUCAGCUGUGCGGACCUGGGUCCAGACCAGCGCCGUUGUUUAGGAUUAUACACUCUGGGGGGGCUUUUUAUCCCGAUGAUUAUAUCCUACACCUUUCUGCUUUGUGCGCCACAGGCAGCUUUCCACUGACGUAAAUAAUCAGUUGCACAAACACCUAAGUCAAAUUUCACAUAAGUGGGAUUUACCUUCCCAUAUCAUUCAAGGCACCUCAUGGAAAAUAUAUGACAAAAAGUCGUCCAAGAAUAGCCAGAAGCCCACGUUUCACUUAUUAGAAGUGGGAGGCUCCUUGACUUUAAUUAUUAUUUAUAGUUUGCACAUUUUUGAGGAGGUGGGUGGCAUGAUGAUUACUGGGGUCAUGAUUGGCCCACUCCGUUUCCUCUUGCUGGAUUUUAAUCAUUUUUGGGACUCUGUAGCAGUGUUAACAUCCCCUACAUAGUUACACAUGGUCUUUACUAAACAGGAUCUUGGAUAUAUGAUCAGUGAAGCAGGAAACUCAGAUUGUAAACUGCACUACUAUUACAUUAUGUUUGUGUGGCCAGUUUGCCCUGUUCCAGUACGGUAUUAUUUUUAUUUUUCUCAGUACUUCUGACGAAGUACCUUUAAUAUUGCUUAAAAGGCCUUAAAUUACAGACCAUUUAACAGCAGAAUUUAUAUGUUAACUUAAAAACCCCAAUUAUUGCGUUCUUGAAAUGAAUGUAAAACAUUAAUGUAAAUCAACAGGACUGUCAUUUUGUCAGGAAAUAACACGUUAUGUGGUUUUUAAAAAUACUGGCAUAAACCGUUGGCACCGCGUCGUCCGCUGUUCGUGUUUUGUACUGUACACAGGCUGCGGUUAUUUGUGCAUUUUUAAAGCCGCGCGCACGUCAAACAGUUUUGUCUUUGUGCCGCCAAAUGAAUGUAAACACUAUAAUAUACAUUAAAACAAAACAGAAAACA